AUGAUAGACGCAUGGUUCGAAAACACCAUUGAAAAAGGCGAAAUCGAUGGAGAAGGAUGCCGUCGCGAAGAAGCCAUGACCCUAAGAGCCUACCUGCGCAACGAGAUCACCGUAGACGAAGCAUCACAGCAAAUCACACAACCCACAGAAAAAUGUCCAGAGCCUGGUGAUCCUUUGCUAUAUCUCUGGGGCGUUCUUCAAGACGCCAUGCUCGAAGUUCCCGGUGCUCAACCAAAGAUUGUCAAACUUCUUCUCAGGAUCCAAACGCGACCGGACAUUCAACUUGAAGAGUCACAAAGAGUAGGUGCUCUUAGCGACAAGCAAUGGACGCAUUGGAGAGAUUUGCCUCACUUUGGGCAUGAUUGGUAUGAUUUGCAUUGGUGGUAUUACUGCUCGUUUUGGCGCUUGGAGCCAGACAAGUACAGCACGCCUGACGCAGAUACACUGGCAAAGACAUGCACAAUAGCUUCUGCAGAUGCACAACUUGCUGUCGCUGGUCUUCUUAGCAAUCAAGCUUGCUUUGAAGGACUAGUCCGCUUGGCCGCUACGCUUGAAGACAAUUCAGCUAUCUUUUGGAUCGAGUUACCAGCCAUGAAAGAGUGGCUGGUCAAUGGCGGAGAUAUGCUGUUUGAAAUGUCCAGAGUCGGAAAAACGCAUCGUCUUUUGCGCGAUUUUGGAGACUUGAGAAAACAAGAAAACAGUCUUUGGAAAGGAGAUGCUGGUGCGAGUCUUCAGCGGUGGCACUUCUGGAAGGAGAGGUUGAGACAAAUACAAGACGACAAUAAGCUUGGAAAGGAAACAAGAGAAGCCGCGAAGAUCUCUCUUGAGCUCAUGGAACAGUACUGA